AUGCAUCUAAGCGAAUCGUACUCUCGCCCAGUCUUUGUCUUGGGUUCUCGUCCGCUGUUCUUCUCUGUUGAAGAACCUCUGCCUCAAGGCUACUUGACGCGUGAUGAACGUCAACAACUGGACGCUCAGGAGCAGACACUGCUUGAGAAUAACGAUUUGCUGCCAAACCCAGCGGCUGUGCUUGACACUGUGAUGGAGAUCGAAGAGCCACCCGAGCCAACUCAUGAUCUGGAGCCGAGCGAAACGACCUCGCUCUUGUCUCGCCCUGGCGACUCACAAUCAGUACGCGAAGUGACACGGGCAGAGCGUCGUAGACGAUGGGAGGAAGCUGUCACAGGACAGCAACUCGACACGACAUGGAAAUACGAGGCGAAACUCCUCUAUGCUACGUCUGUUCCCAUGGUCGUCACCUUCAUGCUGCAGUAUUCACUUCAAUUUGCCAGUAUCUUUUCACUAGGAAGACUCGGACGCGAUGAACUUGCUGCUGCGUCUUUGGCAAGCAUGACGGCAGCAAUCACCAUGAUUUCUGUCGUUCAGGGGCUUGCUACGUCACUAGAUAGUCUCUGCUCCCAGAGCUUUGGCGCCAACCAACCAUUUCUGCUCGGACUUCAUCUACAGCGCGCCAUGUUGCUUCUCUUGCUUUGUCUUGUCCCAAUUGGCACUCUCUGGCUAUACAGCGAACAGCUUUUUCUCCACUUUGGUCAACCUGCGGAGAUUGCCAUCCUCGCAGCCCAGUACCUGCAACUCUUACUCAUCGGUGCACCUGCAUUCGCACUGUAUAUUGCUCUCUCGAAGUUUGCAGCCUCCCAGGGCAACUUCUCCAUCUCGACAUAUUCUCUGGUCUUGGCAGCGCCACUCAAUGCCAUUCUCAACUAUGUCCUGGUUUGGCAUCCUGAAUUAGGUAUUGGAUUUGCCGGUGGACCCAUAGCAAUGUCCAUCAGCUACUGGACCAUGUUUCUCUCAAUGGUCUUGUUUAUUCGUUACGGCAAAGCCAGACACGCUUGGCACGGCUUCUCCAAGCAAGCAUUUACCAACUGGGGCCCCAUGCUACGUCUUGCUGGUCCAGGUCUUCUCAUGUGCACGACUGAGUGGUUCGCAUACGAAUGUAUGGCCUUCUCAGCAUCUCUCAUUGGUGUGGUACCGCUUGCAGCACAAGCUAUUGGCGCUACAAGCAUCAACCUGAUUUAUCAAGUCUCAUUUGGAGCCAGCUGCUGUGUCGCCGCCAGAGUAGGUACCCUUCUCGGCGCCGGUCUUCCAAAACCUGCUCGUACCGCGACCUAUGUUGGCGUGGGUGCCUCAGUGCUCAUCGGUGCUACAUCAGGCCUUGCCAUUCUACUUCUUCGCUUCGAUUGGGGCCGCCUUUUCACUGAUGAUGGAGGUGUCAUUCGAGCAGCAGCCAAGAUAUUGCCACUCUGCGCAUUCUUCAACGUCUUUGAUUGUGUGCAAGUCCUAACAUCUGGCGUUCUUCGUGGUCAAGGGCGUGUUCAUAUCGGUGGGUGGCUCAAUCUAGCUGGUUACUAUCUCGUUGCGAUUCCUCUCGGCUUGCUUCUUUGUUUCACGUAUGGAUGGGGACUUGCUGGUUUAUGGACGGGUAUGUGUAUUGCCAUUGUCCUCAUUAGUGGCGGUCAAGCUUACUACGUGCUUUCAGCAGACUGGCAACAACUUGUGGAAAUGAUCCAGAUGCGCAUCUUGGCAUCGGGUGAAGCUGCGGCGCACAGGCAUCUUGCAUGA